CUGGAGUGGGGCAGACACCCAAUCUUCUGUCUGUCUCUCUGUCUGUCUCCUGUCUGUCUCUCUGUCUGUCUCUCUGUCUGUCUCCUGUCUGUCGCUCUGUCUGUCUCCUGUCUGUCUCUCUUUCUGUCUCCUGUCUGUCCCUCUGACUCUCUGGAUGUCUCUCUGUCUGUCUCUCUGUCUCUGGGGAAACCCUCUCAGUGUGUUGAACUAUGGUAAGUAGGAAAUAGUUCCUGAGUGUUCCUCGUUUCCAGGGGGAAGGUUUAUGGGGGGCAGAACCUGCAGGAGUCAGAGGUCAUAGUACUGCGUUAUUGUUCCUCACCAUCACAAAGGAGGAAGAGCCGUAAACACUGAUUAAGUAAUUAAAUUACUUUGACAUAGAACGUCAUCAGUGUGGGUGACUGAGAGACUGAGAGAGAAUACAAAGGGCCUCUGCACACACACACACACACACACACACCUUGAGGGAUGGGAUGAUGAACUGAAAGACAGAUGAAUGAAUAUUGCCGUAAUGUUCAUCUGUCAUCUCGAUGGUAACGGGAUGGAAUGUGUGACAUCACAGCGCUGGGGUUUAAAAUGGCCGUUGCGGCGUCAGAUCUCAGAACAGACGAGUCUUGCACAGGACAGAACACAACACCGUGAAGAUACGAGGCUCAAACUCCAGAUAUUAAACCAUCAAGUGGUUCUCCGUUUGAGAACUUUUAUUUUUAAACUAUUUAUUUUAAACACAUCCAAGAUGGCCUCUUCAUCUUCCCGCCUUUUUGCUCUCUUCCUCUUAACCGCCAUGGUGACACAGGUAAUGAGCCGACCAUCGUCAAGGAGACCAGACUCUCAGAUUCUACAGGAUCUGUUUGGAUCAGAGAUCACUUCCCUCUUAUUGUCCCAGCUGGAGGUCACAGAAGGCUCAGCUCAAAGCCCCGCCCUCUCCGAAAGUGAUAGACAUGGUCUAUCAGGACGCGUUGUGAUGGAAGAACGUCUCCGCCAUGUGCCCCGCCCCUUCCUGGACUUCCUGACAAGGCAGAGGAAGUUACGGGUGUGGAACAGGAAGGGCUCGGCACGCGGCUGCUUUGGGAUUAAAGUGGACCGUAUUGGAGCGCUCAGCGGACUGGGCUGCUAACAUUGGCUUUAAAAGCGACUAAUCACAAUCCAACACCUUCCACACCAGCUGUCAGAUAUGGAUGGUUAGAUUGGGACACUAUGGACUAGCCGAUGAUGGAGGAGUAGUUAGUGAGAGUGAUUUAGAGUUGUGAUUGGGGGAUAAGGACGAGCGCUGAACCUGGAUCAGACAUUUAGUGAGAACAAAAUUGUAACUGAACCGAGACACUGACCUGAGAUCAGUGAACCUGACCUGCCCUCUUCUCCAGGGCACAGUGUGUGUGUGUGUGUGUGUAGGGUUUCUAGCUCUUUGUGAGGACCAAAUAUCUCCAUUUUGAUAUAAAUAAAUUACAAGUUUUAUCUUGUGGAGACAUUCAGUUGGUCUCCACAAAAAAGUGCUUUAUUUUUUAAAGAAAAGACAAAAACCAAGAU